AUGGAUGCUUUCCUACCCUGUGAUUUUCCAGUGGCUUUUCUCGCAUCCUUGCUGCGAAUGACGACCCAGUCGAAUGCUCGGGGAAGCUUGGUUGAAGAAGCUGACAAUGGAGAGCCAGUACCGCAGAUUGCUGCAUCCAAGCUGCUGGAUGGAGCAAGCUGCAAAGUCAUUUUCGUCUGUGGCUAUUCAUCAAGGCUGGAGGAGCUGGAGGACGCUGUGUCCGGCUAUGAGAACUGCUCCCUGCACUGCAUGCCAUGCGAUCCCGUGCAGCUGGAUGCUCACACAAAGCGCUGGCUGCAGCACCUGCACUCAUGUGGCGCAGACACCACCAUUGACUUCGCCCUUCAGUUCGGAACGUCGAAGGCAAAAAGCAAGAGGACUCAGGGAGACAACACCAGUGCAGGGGCAGGGAGGUCAGCGGCUCCGCUCAGCAUAACCUGCUCUGCACAUCCAACGGUGCUGCAACUGCAUGACACCAUUCAGCCGUGCCUGACCUGCCGCUGUCACGGGGUGCCUCUGCCAUUCCCUUCCACCUUACCCAACCCCUCGAACAGCAGACCCAGCCCCCCCUCAGCUCGCCCCUCUAACCCUUCCCUGCCUCUUGCCAAGCCCCCAAGCCUGCGCUGCCCUGUCACGGGGCAAAGGCUUGACGCCAGUGACGUCACCAGCAACACUGUGCUGCUGGGAGCCCCAGGCACUGGAGGGAGACGGGCCAGUGGUGGCGGUGGUUCAUGGGACGGGGAUCCUGGGGUUGACGCUAGCAGAAUGUCAAGGGAGAGCGGUGGAGGGGAGGAGGAGGUUUGGAGGAGGGGGUCCAGGGGGAGGUCGAGGGGCGGGAGGGUGGGGAGGGAUAAAAUGGGUGACGCGAGUGGAGGGAGGGGAACGUUGCUGCACUUGCCGUCGUUUAAGGCGGCUAUGGAGGCUCCUCGGCUGCAUGGAGGGGGCACCCCUGCUGUGCCUCUGACUGUUGUCAAGCGGGUGCCGCUGUCGUCAGUCAGCGAAGGUCUCAUAUUUGGUCUGCCGCACGUCCUCAUGCCAUCACAGAAUCUCGAGCUUGACUUCUCCAACAGCACAGAGCUCUCCGAGAUGGAGAGAAACGAGCACGCCUUCGCUGCGCUGUGCCGCUCGCUGAACCAGCAGGACAACGGGCUGUUGUGCUCAAGCCUCGUCGAUGCAGACACGCGCAUGGACGUCUCCUUCCCCUGUUACUACCUCCUGCUGCCCACUGAAGCUGGAUCUCUCCUCCUGCGGCGGGUGGCUUCAGCAGAGGAGCUGCUGCCUCUGCCGCCACGGCCGGUCAGCAACCAUGGGGAGGAGGACGAGGAGAAAGGGGAAGAGGUGUCUGCUGCUGUCGACUUGGCACUGUCUCAGCUGGAGGAGGAGGCGUUCAACCCAGUGGAGGUGGAGCGGGGCUGCCAUCAGCGCCUGCAGUGGCUGCUCAAAGAGAGCUUGUACUUCCAGCCCAUACCUCCAGGCCGGCAGGGCUCCAACCUGCACCCUGUCUCGCAUGGCUCUCGCUCCUCCUCACGCUCCCCCUCGUCCUCGUCACCAUCAGCCACCGCUGCCACCACAUCUGAUAGUCCAGGCGGGAGUUCCCCUGCUCAGCUCGCUGCUGUCUCAGGGAGAAGGGAGAGGAGGAGGUCUGCCUCUUCGUUGCUCGUUGCUUCUGCUGGAGCUGCUGCUGCUGCUGCCGGCACUGGCACUGGCGCUGGGGCUGCGAGGGGGGCGCUUCCUGUUUCUGCCUCAAUGGAUCCUGAGUGGGAGUCUGGGAAGGUGGGGAUGAGGCAUGGUACGGAUUCGGAUCUUUCCGCUGCUGAGGAGUGGCGAUUCAGGGCCUCAAGAGGGCAGAAGGCAGCACAGAUUCAUCAGAUGAACAAGGAGCAGCGGAAGCAGCUGCCACCGCAGCUGCAACAGCAGCAGAUGCAGUUUCAAAAGGAGCUCUCCUCUGGGCACCAGGCAAGCGGCCAACAAGCUGCAUCUGCUGCAACACAGCCCCUGCGGCCGCCCUUCGUCCCCACCCCUCCCCCACCGCGCACCACACAACCUUCCUUCCAAUCACCCGCCUCUGGCGCUAUCUCAUCCUCCCCCUCCCACCGCAAGCUCUUCCCGUACCUCUCUGCACCCCCUCGUGCGCCGUCCCCUUCCCGGCCCUCCGCCUCUCGUUUCAUCAUCACUACUUCGCAUGCUGUUCCAGGGCAUGCGGCAGGGAGAGCAGGGGACGGGACUGUGGGUCGUCUGGAUAGCACAGCUGAAACAGGAAUGGGAAUUGACCCUGCAACUGCCCCUGCCACUGCUGCCACUGCUGCUGCUGCUGCUGCUGCCACUGCUGCUGUUGGUACUGCAGCUGCAGUGCAUGCUCCAGCUGAGUCACUACCAGCAAAACGAACGUUCCUGAGCACACCUCCUGCAUCUUCUGAAAUGGAGACGAAUGUUGCUGAUGAUCCUACAGGGUCAGUAGCAAUCCGUGCAACUGCUCCUGAAGGCGCAUCGGCAGCAUGGGCUGUAGAGCUAGAGCGCCUCUCAAGCGGUGUGGGUAAGGGCACAAAUGGGGAUGCUACCAGAUUCGCAGGCGACUUGGGGGAAGAGCAGCAGAAGAUGCAGGCUGUGCAAAUGCUGCCUGAGCUGCAGCUCCCUCCUUCCAGAUCCGCCCACCCCCAGAAUGCACCAGCUGCUCAUCUUUCAGAACGGACUGCUCCCUCAGGCUACUCGCGCCCUUCUCUCCCUCCAGCCUUGUCAGCAGACUCGCGAAUCCGCCUGGCACGAAGGCAAACAACAGAAGUGGCCCUGAUGUCCGCCCCUCUGCAAGACAGCAGCAAUCUGCAGCCGCAGGCACAGACAGCCCUUGCCGUGCAUCGAAAUUCUCUAGACAAGCCCCAGUUCUCCCAGGCUCCCAGAUUUGCGUCUAUUCCGGGGAUGCAGAGGGCUGGCAUGGGUGGUGGGAGGCACAUUCAACGAGUGGCUGGGGCACCAGGACUUGGAAAUUCCGAGUUGAGCAUGAGGGGAGGUGAAGCUGGGAUGGAGGCUGAGAGGGCAUCAGGAAAGGGGUCAAGAAAAGGGGGAUUCAGGAGAAUUCGUCAGGGGAAAGUCUGA